UCAGUGUUACAACCGACGGUCGUCGGAGUAGGACGUCUAGAAAAACGGAUAGCAGAUCCAGACGGCAACUCUUCUCUGGGCACGUGCCUUGUUAAACACACGGGGAUUAUAUUGCAUUAGACAUUGACGUCAUUUGUGAUUGAAGUUGACAAAAAGUGAGUUGUGAAGUUUUGACCAGCCAUGGAGGCUCCGCUGUGCGACCGCCAGCAGCAAGUGAAUCUGAACAACAACAUUAACAACAGCAAAGAUGUUGACGUUCAUCAGCAGUUGCUGAGGCGGGUCUUUCAAAUGUGCGACGUCCAACGGCGCGGUCACAUUUCCAUCGACGAUCUACUGGAACUCGGACAAUCUUAUCUCGGACAAGACACCAAGGAUUUGGCGGAUGCACUGCGCUCGCUAGAUCCGCUCGGAGAUGGCACCCUGACGUUUGAUGAAUUUUGCAGAGGCGUCGGAUCCAUCAUCCAGCAAUCACCCACAGAAGGGCCAACCUCACGAGACCUGACAUCAUCCACCUCCUCCUCGUCUCCAACGAAACGGAGCCGGACGCUGAUUGAUUGGAGCGAAUUGACCAUGCCAUUGGUGACGGGCGAGGGACAUUCGACGUCGACACAAGCGGCUCAUCUGGUGGUCAACGACGAAGAUAUCCUCCUGGCUUCGUCGGUUGACGGAAGCGUUGUGGCCGGCAAGCGCCGGAAUUCCUUGUCGGACGAAGUCGAUUCCGGUUACAGCAAGAGCAGCAGCCCAACAGAUUCGGCGCCCACCACCGGCAGCGUCAGUGGGUGUUCCAGCAUGUCGGAGAGAGAAAUCAGCUUCGAAGGAUACGGAGAGGCGGAUCAUUCCAUCGAGAACGGGACGCCUAGCGACGCCGACGCCAAUCCAGUGCCUCAGAUGAUUGGCAACCGAGCCAACUGGAUGAACGGAAUGCUGCGCAAUAGUCUGCGGCGAUCCGAUUACAACAGUCAUGGCGAUGGCGCAUUUCAUCGACGCUACGGAUCCCUACGCCUUCCCGGCAAGAGAGGAAUAGCGGCCGGAUCGAACGCCUUGGCCAGUCAGUUGUACAGCAAGAACGUCAACAACACGUCCAGUCGCAGCUCCAACGGUGGCGACAACGAGGAUUUCUGUUCGGAUGCUUCACUGGAAGACGACGUCGUCGAUCUUGGCCAUAAGGUUCAAAUACUCCAGCAACAGAUUACCGCCCUGGCCGACACGCAGUUCAGCAGCGAUGACCGGUACAGCCGUAGCAAGCAGGAGAACGCCGCCCUUACCGCUAGGUUGCAGAUGCUGGAAGAGAGUCUCCGCGACGUGGAACUACGAGCCACCCAGCAGCUGAGCGAAGAGCAGCGACGCAACAAGGAGCUGAUUGUGAGAGUCGAGCGUGAGAAACAACUGGAAAUUGAGAAUUGCACCAUCAAAUUGCAAGCGGCCGAAAGAGAAGUGGAGCUGACGAGGGAAGAGUGCGCCCGGCUGCGCGGACAGACGGAGCGACUGCGCGGCGAGAGAUCGGCCCUCCAGCAGCGGCUCUACGAGGCGGAAUCGAGUCUGCUGGAAGGGCAAGAGGAGCUGAGGCGGAUGAGCGACCUGGUCAAGCGUGAGAGGGAGCAGUGGGCCGUCGAGAACGCCAACGGCAAGCAACUGGCGGCCGAACUGUCGAGAGAAGUCGACCUGCUCCGGGCCACUCAGCAUCAGAGUAGUAAUAGCAGCAGUCACGGCGAAUUCGGCGAGGAGCUGACGCCCAGCGCCGCCCGCGUCCGCGAGAUGGAGAACGAAAUCAAAACCCUCAAGCAACAGAACAACAGUCUACGUGAAGCCAACGACGAGCUGCAGGCCCAGCUAUUCUCACGCGGCCUGGAGGAAGGCCGGACUCUGUUGAGCGAACAUGUGGCCUGCAACAGCUUGGCCGCCGAAUUCGAAGUCAUGAGCCAAGACGAUGUAAGUGAAAAAAUCCGGACGGCUUUAAAAGAACAGCAGGAUGUCAACGCCCAAUUGCGCUCUUACAUCGAAGGCAUCCUGUUGACGAUCGUCGAGAACCAGCCGUCUCUUCUCGAGCGGAAACCUCUGCCGUGAUUCAGAAAUUUCAUCCGCGCAACCUCCUCCUCCUCCAUCCUAGACAUUCCUGUUUAUUUUUGACCGCCUUGGGGGGAAAGAGAGAGAGAGAAGUAACAAGAACCAAAACAAUAAAUCGAUAUAUCGACAUUCAAUAAGCCAUGAAACGAAAAAAAAUAAGAAAAAGAAACAAAAUUAUAUAUUUACUAGGGAUUUUGUUUUUUGUAUACGGGAACCAAAAGUCUUAUCGUAGACCAUCCCCCCCCCCUCCUUUUGUGUACAUAGAGAGCGUGCCCUCCCACCCACCCAACACACUUGCAUCCGUCGAAUAAUCUUUUUCAAAAACCAAAACUUUUUUGGGAGAAGAGAAAAAGUGGGAAAAUGAUCCAUCACUUGUGCGUAUUUUUGGUCUCCUCUCUUGAAAAACUAAUAAUUUAGUUUUAGACUUAUUAGUGUUUAUCUCUGUGUGUGUGUGUUUGCAUGCUUGACAAUUUAGGAUGAAGUUAUAGAACAGUUUGCGAAACAAAAAUAAUUAGAUUAAGGACAUUUGUUUUUUCUGUCUGUCUGUCGUUAGACACUGGCGUGUUAAAUUUAGUGGGCGGAAUAAGUGAGUGAGAGAAAUUGGGAAAAUUCAACAAAAAAAUAAUUAGUAAUAACCACCGUCUGGCCUUGUGGGAAACUGUGAUAUAUCUUUACUUCAUGGACGAGCGAGGGAGAUUGAAACAAGUAGUAAAAAGUAAAAAUUAUUAUUAUUAAAGAAUGAGUGUGUGUAACGUUAUAGCCACCUGCGAGUUAUUCCCGUGCGUGAUUGUGUUUGAACCAUCUUUUUUCUCAUCACUUAAUUGUUUGUUUUUCCCCCCAUUCUCCUUCUUUUUCCUGUAAUGGGUAGUAAUUAACUACAUAUUUCCCCUCCUAAUCCUUUUAACGAGACAUCGGGCAGCUCUCUUUAUUAACACGUCUGAUAGCAGAUGAAAUUGUGUAUACUUACUAGCUAUUGCCUAUGCGUCUUCAAAACUAACCCCCAUUUUUUAAAAAUCUUCAUGAAGAUAAAGUGAAAGAAUUAAUAUUAUUCUAAACUGCGUAUCGAAAACAAAACAACAAAAAAAUAAGAUUCUUACUGCGUAGUCAUGUCCGCCGUCUUAUAAACAUUUCCUUUCUCUUC